UCCCACACAUGUUCCACACAUGACCACAUGACACAGUUGCAGGGGGGACACUACGAUGAGGAGAGUAACUUGGUUAUCUCCGGUGCCUCAACUGCUUUUGAUGACCAAAGUGUCAGGAGGGGCUUUAUCCGCAAGGUAUAUGCUAUCCUUAUAGCCAUGUUAACGUUAACAUUCACUGUUAUCAUAGCCUUCACCACAAUACCUGUGUUGAGAACCUGGGGCCAGACCAGAGUGGCUCUGUUAGUGUUUGUAGUUCUGUGGUUAUCAGCUAUUGUCCUCAUGAUAGUUCUGAUAUGUAAUGAGUCUCUGAGGAGAUCUUACCCUCAGAACGCUAUAUUCCUGGUUGUAAUGACUCUUAUAUUCUCAUUCGCUCUGGGUAUCACAGCUAGCUACUCUAAACCAUUCAUCGUCCUCGUCGCCAUAGCAACUACUCUUGGCAUCGUCAUCGCACUCACCAUAUUCGCGUUCCAGACAAAGUACGACUUCACAAUUCUAACAGGAAUUCUGUUCUGUGUGAGCAUCUCCCUCCUGGUAUUUGUAAUCUUGGUGGUGCUCCUCCACUCCAGAGUACUCUACCUAGUGUACGCUACCCUAGGAGCCUGUCUGAUCAGUAUAUACAUAGUGGUGGACACACAGAUAAUGAUGUCAGGUAAAACAGUGCAGCUGGAUCCGGAGGAGUAUGUGUUUGCUGCACUCAACUUGUACGUGGAUAUCAUAAUGCUGUUCUCUUAUGUGCUGGUGCUGUGUGGCGGGGGUAAUCAGUGAUUGGAUAUUGUAACUUGGUUAGAAGAUAUUAUAUUGUAACUUGGUUAGAAGAUAUUAUAUUGUAACUUGGUUAGAAGAUAUUAUAUUGUAACUUGGUUAGAAGAUAUUAUAUUGUAACUUGGAGAGUUGGAAUUAACCCAAAUAUCAGGGACACGAAUGACUACUCCAGGAUUUAAGAAACUAAACUUUCAACACCGAAAACAUUCAGAUUCUUGCCAAAUAUAUUUCGAUUGUAGUCAUCUCCAGUGACAUUGAACCUAAAAAAUGUUAAAAGGUUAGUGAAACUCAAGCCUUUACAAAAUUAAGAAUCCGAAAAAGGUAAAAAGAUCAUAUUAAGGUUUAUGGAAUAUAGGUAAUCCAAAGGGAUUGACAGUAUUAAGGCCAAAAGGUCUAAGAGAAUUAAGCAAAUGUAUGUAGUUAUUUUCUUUUACUUCAAGUGCACUGGGACUGCAAUUCUCUAAAAUAAAAGUUCUAAAAGUUUCAUUAAAAUCUGUAUGUACUCCUAAACCGUGGUCAAUCAAGUGAACUCCUAGGCUAUACUCAUCACUAGUAAUAUCAAAUGCUCUACCAUCAACGAUUUCAUAAAAUUUGG